AUGAAUGUCACACGCCUGUAUUUAUACUAAUGUUCCACACAUGUUUGACAAAAGUAAAAGACAGUUUUCUAAUGAUCCAAAGCUGUACACUGUCUGCUGAGACAGCAGCUAACCAGUUAAAUAUCCAGUGUUCGCAAUAUGGAUCAGGACCUGAAAUGUGGUAGACCUGUGAACACGUUUUGCCACAAUUUUAAUUUCCAAAACCUACAAGCUCUUCAGCCGUGUCAGUGACUGGAGUUAAUUUCCAGUGGCUUUGAUUCAUUUGAAACUCUUCUUCUUGAAUUUGUGAUUUUCUUUAAAAAACGGUUGCUUAUCCCUUUAAUGUCCUUUUGGAAAUGCGGAGUCUGAGUGUGAAGGCUUUGAACAGGGUAAAUUGUGCCCAGCUGCGGUUUAGUUUUGUAGUCUGAUAGAGAGUUGAAAGGACAGACUAAAAUGAGCCAGUGCGUUAGUAAAUCAAAACAGCGUUCUGAAUUCCAGAAGGGGGGAAAUUCGUCGAGAAAGAGAGGUGAAGAAUAAAAAGACCUUGUACACUAACAGGCCAAGAUCAUUAGGAGUUUUCUGAGUUGGAAGAACAGCCUGUCUCAGUGGCAGGCGAUGGGUGCUUUUUACAGGAGCAAGAGACGGACUGUCAUCAACUUCCCCUGUCAGAUCAAUCCCCAGCUCUCGAUUUUGUUGGAAUCUGGUGGAAGUGCAGCUCAUUCCGACACCUCAUCACCCUCAUCACAACCUCAGCUGAAGCCCACCCUGUUGGCAGAAUCUGGGGAGGGGGUGGGGGGCUGAGUCUGGACUUCAGACGUUUCUGGAUGUCAUGGAAUGCUCUAAAUAUCACACCCUGCUCUUACUCAUCUAAGAGACCAUCUUGACUGAAUAAAAAAUGUAUUUCCAGAUCUGUAGUUUUACAUUUUGAAAAGUUUAAGGGAAAAAUAUUUUGUAUAACAUCUGAAAUUAGGUUUAGAGAAACUGCUUUUUUGUACAUGCUGUAUAUAUUUUCAGUGGUGUAGACAUCUACUUACCGUAUUUACAAAGUCAUAACAUCUGCUUAAGGACGAGGUUUGUGCUGUAUAUAUUUUGUAAUUAGUGAUUCUGUUUUUUCUUUUCUUUACAUGUAUACAUUUAUCAAAUUUCCAUGUUCCAAAUUAAUCUAGUUUAAAUAUAAUGUAUUUUCAGUGUUUCUCUUCUUCCGAAUGCUUAAUGUCAGUCUCUGCGACACAGAGGUUGUGAAUAUAUCUCCUCGUUUAAAUCCGUAAAAAAAAUAUUGUGUUACUAAGAAUUGUAAUAGUUGUCCAUGUUACUACACUGAAAAGAUUUUAGAAUUGAAUGAUGGUGUAUGUGCUGCUGUGUAACACAUGUAACCUGGAUGAACGUACACAUUUAUCCCAUUGAUAUAACCAAACUACCAAAACGUUUUUGAGCUAUCUUGCUGCUGAAGGUACAGGUUAAUUUAAAAUUAACGAAACCUUAAGACUGCAUUUCCCAGGAGGCCACAAACGAGGAAGCACAGUAGAACUGCAUUUCCCGGCAGGCCACUACACAGCGCCGCGGCGCGUAGCGAACGUGCUGCGUGUUGCCGUUGGAAACGGCGGUCGCCGCCGCGGGAGGAUUGAUCCGAGUCGCCAGUUGGAGCGGAGAGAAAAAGCGGAAGAUUCUGACAGCGACACCCGGGAAAGAGGGACGCGGAGCCGGGAAGAGCGGGUGGAGUCUGCGGGCCUGAGGUGUAGAAGUGUUAAGACCGUAAAAGGAGUCGGGCUGGUGGCUGCAUAACGAAAACGCAGGAAGCCUGUGAGAAGACGGCGGUUUUAAGAUAUUUUAAUUAACUUUAAAUAUACUGCUCACAAUGUCCACCAAAGUGUGGCAGCAUCCCUACGUCAACAUCUUCAAGCACGUCCGGGUGGAGGACUGGAAGAAGUGCUCCAGAGAGGGGGAUGUGACGACAUACAUGGACAAAACCCUUAAGUGCUCUGUGUAUCGGAUCCGCGGGUCCAUCCCAGCAAGCAACUACAUCCUUCUCCCUAAAACAAGCACCCAGUCGCUGGGACUGACCGGCCGCUACCUCUACCUGCUCUUCAGACCCAGCCCUGGCAAACACUUUGUGGUGCACCUGGAUGUAGCCACUGAGGAUGGCCAGGUGAUCCGCAUCUCCUUUUCCAACCUCUUCAAGGAGUUCAAAUCCACUGCCACCUGGCUGCAGUUCCCCUUCAUCUGCGGAGCUGCCAAGGGCUCUGUGUACGAGAGCACUGCUCAGACCGCCCGACAAGGCCUGGUGGGUCCUGCCCCCCCCAGUGUGCGAUGGACGUGUCUGAUGAUGGACCUGCACUAUGUUCUGUCGAUCUACCUGAACCGCCGCCACAGCCACCUUAAGAGCAUCAAGCUGUGUGCCAAUAUGUCAGUGAAGAACAUGUUCACCAGUGAUCUGCUGUGUGACCCAGGCUUGACCUUCUCUGAAGCCAGACAAGCUGGGGUUGAGGCCCUGCAGGGUGCUAGUCCCAUGCCACGCGAGAUGAGUUUUCCUGUGCCAAAAGGGGGCAGCUGGCAUGAUCUGUAUGACUACAUCAGGUUUCCUUCAGAUGGAACCAAGAUGCCGUUUGAUUCUAUUCAGAAAGGACAUGUUCUUCGAGCUGCAGGUGCUCCGGUACUUCCGAGCCCUGUUAGAGAACUGGCUCGCAGUGUGAACGUCAGCAAACCAGUGCAGGACCGAGUCUCUUUGAUUCAGCAGAUCACCACCCCUAAGCCCCGUCCCCGCCAUCGCACGCCCCCAGUGACUGCCAGCGUCCCUGAGCUGGGGAGGGUGUCCUCGGUGCCAGUGGGCGAGGAGCUCAGGGAGAGCUGGGCUGGGGGAGGGAGGACCACAGAGCAGGGAGCGGAGGGAGACAGUGGGACUCCCCUCGCUUCUGAUGAUGGGGCAGUCCAUGUCUUCGCACACAGGGACAGUGACAUCACUGUCCCCGGACAUGACAGCGACACAGAAGAGACGGUGUGCACUAAAGUGACCAGACCAGUGUCCCUGCAAUCAAAGAAAGUAUUGGAGCGUACAAACCUGCAUCCUGAUCCCAUUCUGAAAUUAAACCGGAUCAUCGGCUUUGGAGGGUGUACGACAAAAUGUGCUCUGUGGACAAAGACAGGAGAGGCUGUGGUGUACCCCUGCCAUGCUGUAAUUGUCUCCAUGAAAAUCGUCUCUGGACAGCAGAGGUUUUUUAUCGGUCACACAGAUAAGGUGUCUGCUCUGGCGUUCAACGGCAACAGCACUCUCCUGGCCUCGGCGCAGACAGGCAGCCUGAGCGCGGUGCGGGUGUGGGGUUACCAGAAGGGAAGCUGUCUGGCCAUGUUCAAGACCCACGCACACUCUGUCUCCUCACUCAGCUUUUCUCACAGUGGCGGAGUCCUGUGCGGAGUGGGCAAAGACUCUCAUGGUAAAACCAUGGUGGUGGUGUGGAACACGCAGAAGGUACAGAGAGGCGGGGAGGUGGUGGUGAUGGCAAAGGCUCACACUGACGUAGACAUUCAGGCCAUGAAGAUCGCCUUCUUCGAUGACACCAGGAUGGUGUCAUGUGGGAGGGAUAAUAUCCGUCUGUGGCGAGUCCGCAGCGGGGCUCUGCGCUCCUGCCCUGUCAAUCUGGGAGAAUACCACUGUAUGGAGUUCACAGACAUCGUCUUCGAGGAGGGUCACCUCGCCGACAGGGAGCCCGAGGACAGGACUCUGUUCGCCAGCAGCAAGAGUGGCCACAUCCUGGAGAUUGACUAUAAGACUGUGACCAUCAAAAACGUGCGACGUCUGCUCCCGUCUCAACAGAAGCACUCUCUUCACAGAGAGAAACAGACCUUCAGCUCUGGACCAGGGAUUGCUGUAAACAGCAUCAGCAUCUCCUCUGCUUUCUGCGCGACGGGCUCUGAGGAUGGGUACUUGCGCCUUUGGCCUCUCGAUUUCUCUACAGUCUUUCUGGAACUAUAUGACUUUAUUUCUGAAGACACUCCCUGCGCAGUGUCUUUCCACCCCACUCAGCAGGAGUUUGCCUGUGGGUUCAGAUCUGGGCUGCUUCGAGUCUUUAACAUCGGCACGUCCAGUCUCCUAGCAGAACACAAGCAGCACCGCGGGGAAGUGAUCGGACUGGCCUUCUCUCCCGAUGGGGAGUACAUGUACAGCGCGGGCUCCCUGGGCUCCCUGGCGCUGUACAACUCAGCAGAAAAGGACCACCACGUUCUCAGAGUCUUGGGCAACGUUGUAUCCCGGGGGAGCACGCGCUGCCCAGAUGCCCUGGCGGUCAGCAGCGACAGCAGGAGUCUGGCGUUUGUGGGCCCGUCGGAACACACCGUGACAGUGAUGGACGCCCGCUCCCUGGACGAGCUGAUGCGCAUCGACGUGAGCGUUCUGGAUCUGGACAGCACCAGCCUGGACUCGGCCGUGAAGGUCUGCUUCCCCCCAGCCCCCACGGGACACCUGCUGGUCACCACAUCGGCCAACAAGAUCCUCUGGCUGAACGCUAAAACUGGACGCCUGCUCAGAGAGGUUUCAAACGUCCACAAGCAUGUGUGUUCAUCGCUGUCUGUGAGUGAGGAUGGGCGGUUCUUGCUGACCGCUGGGCACAAGGCAGUCAAGGUGUGGGACUACAGAAUGAAGCAUGACACCAGCUAUCAGGUCUUCAUUGGGCACUCCCAGCCCAUCCAGCAGGUGGGCUUCACCCCAGACCAGUUGGGAGUGGUCAGUGUGGGAGAUGCCAUCUACUACUGGGAUUUCCUGGCCUACCCGGAGGAAAUGGAGGAGGACAAGAGACAGUCUCCCACUACUGCCUCUCACUCACCUUUCAAACCAGGUCUGUUUGCCUACUCUUGCGGCUGUGUCGUGGUGGUGGAGGACCUCCACUCGGGCUCUCAGAGACACCUGCUGGGCCACUCCGAGGAAAUCUCCACCCUUGCUGUCACCCACGACGCCCAGGUGAUAGCUUCAGCUUCGGGGGGCAGCGAUGGAUCUCGAAGUCUCAUCUGUAUUUGGAAUGUCCCCGACGGGUCCAGGAGAAAUACCAUCUCAUACCACCGGGGACAUGUCCAGGCCAUGGCCUACUCCAGGGAUGACUUCUUUUUUCUCUCUGCCGGUCAGUUUCGCUCCCUGUCACAGGCCCAGCGCGACAGACGAAAGACCCCCACAAUCAGUGUGGAAAUGUUCCCCCUCCCUCCCACAGGUCAAGUGAUAAUCUCAGGUGGGAAGGAUGGCCUGAUGGCCGUGAGCAGCCCACGGACGGGAAUGACCAUCCGCAUCAUCAGUGACCACAAGGGGGCGCUCAUCAGCACCAUUCAGUGUGUCAAGAAGCAGUACACAGAAUUCGGUCUUGAAGGAAACGAGCUGUGGUUGGCUGCCAGUGCAGAUAGGCGUGUCAGCAUCUGGGCUUCCGACUGGUUGAAGGACAAGUGUGAGCUCUUGGACUGGCUCACCUUCCCAGCUCCUGCCCGUACGGAGGAGUUGGACAGCCUACCUCCCAGUCUGGCCGCUUUCUGCCCUUCGGCCCCGGGGGUGGUGCUGUAUGCUGGGUAUGGCGUGGAGAAGGAGAUCGUGUUCUACAGCCUGCUUCAGAAACAGAUUAUCAAGAGAAUUGCACUCUCUCACUGGGCAACAUGUUUAAGCCUUUCUCCCAAAGGCCAUCUCAUUGCAGUUGGGUCAGAUGAACGGCUACUGAAGCUCAUCAAAUCGACGAGUGGGAAGUUUCAGGAUUUCGUGGCCCACAGCGACGCCGUGCACAUGUGUCGGUUCGCCCCGUCUGGGAAUCGGCUCUUCACCUCGGCCUACAAUGAAAUCCUGCUGUGGGAUGUGUUGGGCUUGUAGACAGUCAGAUCUGCAGCCAGCCACACUCUUCGCCUGCAUUGUCUUUUUAAAUGCACACCACUGUCAGUUUCUGCUGUCCCCUGGUUUCCUGUACACCUGCAUCGGCUUCAUUAGGGACGCAACUGAAGUCAUGCGUUUUGACUGAAAGAUUAUUUCAGUAGACUGUGUCGUCCUUGACUCAUCGGAGUUGAACACUCUGGAUUGUCAGAAAGUCAAUAUAGAGUCAGCAAAGCUGCAUUCAGUAAAUGUAGUGACUGGGAUUUCCCAGUGUUCGUAUGUACAUGCGACUGUUAAACGUUUCUAGGAGUUGUCAUGUCCUUUUCCCUGGACCCUCCUGUCUGUGAUUUUUGGUUUAACUGUACUUUUUUUUGUCCUCAUUAUAAUGUGGUUAAAUAUUCCAGAGUCUGAAUCUGAACUCCUCAUCACACUCCAUCAGUUAUUGUGAUCUUUCUGCUGUCUGGAAGUACAGCUCUGUUAGGUUAUUUUAGUAAAAGCACUAGUUUAGCUUCCAGCUAGGCAAGAGCAAACAUUUGAAAUGAUGUGCUUAGUUCUAGUGUCUUUGUUUCUGUGUUACAGUUUCAGAACAAAUCUGGGUAUUUGAAGUUUGUACAAAGCUUAAGCUGUUUUUAUAAAGCGUUCAGCUAUUGCCCUAUUUUUGUAAAAAGCUUUUUUUAAUAAAUGUUGCAAAAAGAUAAAAG